CUCAAAUUGUUCCUCAGGCAACACAGCUUUGGUUGACCUGUCAUAUACUGCCAUAGCAUGCCUUGCUAGACCAUGGUCCUCUUCUAAUUUGGCAUAUAAUAAAUAUAUUGCUGAAAAUAGAAGAUUUCAAAUAGAAUGAAAAUUUCAAGUAAAAAUAGCACUGCAUUAUUGCAAUAUGUUUAGGUUACUUGAAUGGUAAUAUAAUCUGAACUCUUUGUAAUAUGUAACAAUGUUACAAACCCUGGUUUGUUAUUUGUAAGCCUAGGUGGUGACAUAAGAAGGGUGCAGGGCCUAUAGUCUGUGAAAUUGGUCUGACUAGAAACGACAUAUCUGAUUCAUUCAAACUUCACCUAAUUCUACCACUAUUCUAUUACUCAUACUACCAUCGACUUAUCGAAAUCUAAAACUUUUAUUGUAUUUUGAAAUCCUAUAUGACAUAUCAAAAGUCCUUCAGUAAAGCCAAGCGACAUAUGCCGUUUCUAAGUGGAUGACGCCCAUAAUUUAUAUCACUUGUUCAACCUUGACAAUAUGUUUAUAAAGCUGAGAACAAUGUGUAGUUAGUAUUAAGAUGAAUUUUUAGGCUUGGUCAUUUAAAGUAUGAAACAGUGAAGUGCUAUAAAAUGUGUUUGUUCAUUAUGUCCUGAAUGUUUAAAUAGGUACAUUGGUUAUUUUUUCAUGUACAACUGAGAACUCAGGUUGAAUAAAUUAGACAUAGGAAUUAUACAAAUAAGAACAUCUAGCAAAAAUAAUCAGAUUUAAAUCACAGCUACAAGGAAGUAAAGCUGUUCACAAUGAAGGUAAUAUUAAAAUAUUUUCAAAUAAUAAUAUUUAAGGAAUAAAGACCAAGAUUUCAUGAUUUACGGCGUGAUAAAUGACCGAAAUUUUUAUUCUGUUCAUUGUUAAAAGACCGAAAUUGCGUAGCAAUGGCCAGAAUAAAAUUUGAGGUCAUAUAUUUGACAUAAAUCAUAAAACCGAGGUCUUUGUUACGAUUCUAAUAUGAUAAACAGACAAGAAAAACAAAUAUUUGCAUUUUUGAAUUUUAGUGGUCAUACAUACUCCAAUAUAGACCAGUAAAUCAAUUGUUCUAGCUAUUGUGACGUCACGAAUCAUAUUAGAAUAAGUAAUUAAUGAAACAAAAAAAAUUAGGAAUGGUUUUGAACUAAUAUCUCAUCAUAUAUUUUUCAUGACUACUGACGGGAAGUGAUGCCAUCUAUACUCUAAAACUAAUAUAACAACAAGGGAUUUAAGAGAAUUCUAUCCUCCCUUUUUAAUCAAUGCGCACAUGAGGCAUGUCAAGGUAUACAAAUUCAAGAUAAUAAUAAUUAUUUUAUGUUUAAUUCAAAUGCAUACAUGAAUAAAAAUGAAGCAAAACUGACAUCACUUCCUGUUAAACUAGACAUAUAUUAAUCGGAAAAGAUCAAAACUCAAUAUAGUCAUAGAGUGUAACAUUUUUACCUGGCAAAACCAGCCAAGACCAAACUUUUCAGAGACUUUUUCAUCCUACUGGGCAAGGUCUGGGCAGGGCAUCAUCAUUUGCCUUUUGCUCAGUCAGGUCCAAAGAACUUCAUGCCCUUAUAUGGGUAUUCCUUUUCAGUGAUGUAAUACUCUUGAGCUGGCAAUAUUUUUCUUUUAUUUAUCAGGUCACAUGUAGGACACAGACCAAUAUCAGAGAGUGGAGAAUAUAGCAAUGAUACAUUUGUGUUUCCAGAUAAUAAUACUUUGGGUUAUGAUUGGUAUGAUUCCAAUAUCAAUCAGUUAUCAAAAGAAUAAAGCUGAUCUUAGAUCUAAGAAGACUAUGAUCAUACCAUCAUUGGAUCCUGGUACAGCUAAGGGAUCAAGGGAUCAACCAACAGGUACAUAUGAAAUGUCAGAAACAACAAUGAACUCUCUACAAAACCUACACAAAGAAACAAAGAAUGAUGACAACGGCAUUAUUCCUCCAAUAAAUAUGGAAUAUGAUUCAAACUUCAACAAUCAAAUUGGAGAUUUUUGUGACUGUACCUCUUUAUCCUGCAAGUGUAAAGCAACAUCUAAAAAGGAACACUGGCCUUUAGAAACCAUUCUGGAAUUAUUACCACAAAACAUUACAAGCCUUCAACUAGACAACUUUGAUUUUGGAAUCCUGAAAAACAAUAUGUUUAAAAAGUUCAAACUUCAUGUUAUUUCCAUUCGGAACAGUAAUUUAACUGGGAUAGAAGUCGAUGCUUUUCAAAAUUUGAAUAAAAUGGUGAAGACAAGUAUCGAUUUGUCUUCCAAUGACAUCCAGUUUAUAGGGCCUGGAGCAUUUAAACAUGGAAAUGGAACAUCAAGGCUGAACAUAAACUAUAACUAUAAUUUGGGACUUCAAAAUGUUGAGAACAUACUUAAAGAUUUUGAGAACAGGGAACUACACGAUCUUAGUAUGAAGGAAUGUGGUAUUGUCAUUGACACACUCGAUGAAACUUUUUUCAAACCAUUACAAACAUCAAAGCUUAAAUCAUUAGAUUUAUCUGGAAAUACAAUAAGGUCAAUAGCCUAUAAUGCCUUCAAACCAAUUAAAGCACUCACAAAAUUAUGGAUUUCAAAUUUCAUGUACAUCAGCCCACCCACCAUGAAUAUUUUAGAGAAUCUACAAGACUUUAGAUUAUUUGGAGGAAUUCAGAAAUCAACAGCAUCAAUACCUACACUGGAUGUAAGUGGCCUUCAACAUUUGAAACACCUUAGACUUUACCUGUCUGAUAGCAC